UUCGCAUUCAUCAGAGCACGCGAGAGUAGAAAAAAAAGACAGAAAAAAAACCAAAAUGACUAGGAGUUUUCAGAUUUCCGCUAGUCUCGCACUCUUGGCUCUGGUGCUGUCCUUUGCCGACGCCUACGACCCAAGUCCCCUGCAGGACAUCUGUGUGGCAGUCAACGAACCCAGCAAUGCUUUGUUUGUGAAUGGAAAGUUCUGCAAGAACCCUGCUCUUAGCACAGCAAAUGACUUCCUCUUUUCUGGCCUCCAAGUUCCUAGAAGCACAGCCAAUCCCGUGGGCUCCACAGUCACCCCGGUGUUUGCGGACCAGCUACCAGGACUCAACACUCUCGGCAUUUCCAUGGCUCGUAUUGACUUUGGAAUAGGUGGUUUAAAUCCUCCGCACACUCACCCUCGUGGCACCGAGAUUUUGCUCGUCCUGGAGGGCACUCUCUAUGUAGGUUUUGUCACGUCCAACCAACUGAACAAUACUUUCUUUGAGAAAGUCCUCCACCCUGGAGAUGUUUUUGUUUUCCCGAUCGGGAUGAUUCACUUCCAGCUCAAUGUUGGAAAGACCAACGCAGUCGCAAUCGCUGGUCUAAGCAGCCAAAACCCAGGAGUCAUCACUGUGGCCAAUGCAUUGUUUAACGCAAAGCCGCCUAUUUCCCCUGAGGUUCUAGCCAAGGGAUUCCAGGUGGAUGAGAAGUUUGUUGAGGAACUUCAGAAGAAGUUCUGGUACUACAAUUAGCCUGAGAAAUGCAUCUGAUAAUGUCAUCAUCUCUGCGUACUUAAUUAAUACAAACUGUUGCCAUAAGUCUUCUGAUGAAGUUCCUAGUUCAAGUAUGAAGAAAGUUUCCUUCUGUCACAUCUUGUAUUGAUUUAAGUAUAAUAAGACUGUGUUGUUUUCUGCACCA